CUUCUGACCUGGCAACUAUCUAAGCGCCAUCGAUGUCACGUUGAUAGUGGAAGGGGUCAACUUUGCGAGGAGCCGUACAGGCCGUGUCCAAUCAUCGACUGAGGAUUGUGAUGUGUUCAUUUCGCCAACAGUAAGUAGUGCAGGACGUUGAUAUGUCCCAUCCGUAGGCACUUCUUCCUUCCCCUUUCGUGCACGUAAACACCACGAUGCAAGUGAUAAUCAUCUGCCGCAGUGAUGCAUCUUGCGAGGAACGCAGUCAGAGGGAGUCAGGCAGCAAAUAAGACGUUACUCAAGGACGCCUUCCAUAUUACCCUCAUCAACCAGCACUUUUACUUACUAGCUUUCUUUCUAUGGCUCCACGAAAAGCUCAUGGUCAAGCGGGAGGACCAACGCGAGGUGAUACCAGAAGAGGUCCACCUGGCGCUGGUUCUGCCGAUGCUCAGAGCAGCCUUCGUGGGGGGGUUGCAGACCAAGGCACUCUGCAAACCUCUGUUUAUAUAGCACCGUCUGUCGAAGUCGUCGGGGUGAAACGUCCUUCGUAUGGGAAGGAAGGACGCCUGAUUAAGAUAUUCGUGAAUGUUUGCAAAGCAACUGUUCCUGAAGGAAUGAUCUAUCAAUAUGACGUUCAAAUUUAUGUUGGCGAUGAUGACAAGGAGAAGAAACUCGAUAUAUCUUUCAACAGGUCUCUGUUUGAGAAGAUGCAGAAUGAUUUCCGAGACAUCUUUACGCCCUGCGCCGUUUAUGAUGGGAAGAAGAUAUCAUUUGCUUCCCAUGAAUUAGAUUUGGGACCAUCUGAUAAGCGUCAGUUCGACUUGAUGGUGGACAAUGGUUCAGAUCGGGCCCCCAAGCGCUUCAUCAUCUGCUUGAUGAAAUCGAGUGUUGUCAACUUGGAAAUGCUUAAACGUUUCACCAAGGGACUGCAAUCAUAUGAUAGUGAGGUGCAGAAGGCACUUACUGCCCUUAAUGUUGUCAUCCGAAUGGCUCCCUCUCUUGCUUACCCUUCACAUGGCCGGUCAUUCUAUAUGCAUGAGACCAGGUCCAUCGGCCUUGGCUUGUUGGUUUGUCAAGGAUACUUUCAGUCUGUUCACCCUGCCUUUGAUCGACUUCUCAUUAAUGUUGACAUUACGAUGGGUAUUAUGUACAAAGAUGGCUCCCUUAUAUCUCUGUGUCUCGAGUAUCUUGGUUUGCCUUCCCAUCAGGCUCACCAACUUGAUCCACAACAAGGAUUACCUCCAUAUGAGAGGAUUCGUCUUCAAAGGUUUCUCUCAGGAAUGAAGAUUGUCCCUACCCUAGCUGGCAGUGGGGCACAUGGAAGGAAGGGGAAACCUGUUUUAGUGAAGAGGCUCACUAACAGGAGUGCAUUGAUGCUGACCUUUACUCCUCAUGGUGGAGGUGCAGUGACAACUGUUGCAGCAUACUUCCAGCAGCAAAAUCAGCUAUUACAGUACCCACAUAUUAUAUGUGUGGAGACAUCUUCAGGUGCAUUUAUACCUCUGGAGAAGUGUGAAGUGCUACCUGGGCAAAGUGUCAGGAAAGAAAUACCUCCAGAGGCUACAUCUGCCAUUGUUAAAUUCUCAACAAAGCACCCUAAUGAACGACUUGCUGCAAUAAAGAAAGGUGUUGAGUUGCUUCAGUAUGAGCAGUCUGAGUAUGUUAAGGCUUUUGGCUUUAACAUCAAGUCAGACUCGCUACCUUUGGAGAUCAAUGCUCGAGUUUUACCAGCUCCAAAGCUGUUGUGUGGAGGAAAGACCACCUUUACUCCCACCUUUGGAUCAUAUAAUAUGCGUGAUAAAACAGUAUAUAAAGCAGCAUCAAUUAAAGAGUGGAUGAUCAUUAUCUAUGCUGACCAUUCUUUGGUUUCUCUGCAGGAUGCACAGAAGAUGAUCAAAGAUCUGAUUAAAGGGUGUCAGUCAGUAGGCAUGACAGUAAGACAGGCAAACCCACUGCUGAAGUUUGAGAAUGGAGCUGGGAAUAUUUCUGCACAACUUAGGCAAGCAGGACGUGAAUAUCAGGCAAAGUACCAAUGCUUGCCUGAACUGAUUGUCACUGUCCUUUCGGACUAUGGAAAUUCUGGUAUAUAUAAUGAAAUCAAGCAUUUUGGAAAAUUCAAAGCUGGUGUCGCUACACAAUGUCUCAAAGCUGGAAAAUGUAUUAAUGCCAGAAUGCAAUACUGGGCAAAUGUCGCACUGAAGAUUAACCCAAAACUUGAUGGAUGUAAUUUCAUUCUCACCAGUGAAAGCUCCAAAGUAAUGUCAGACCCUCAGAAUGCUACAAUUAUAAUGGGUGCAGAUGUUAUGCAUCCUUCUCCGGGAAGUAUUGCACCAUCAUAUGCUGCUUUGGUUUCAAGUAUAGACAAGUUGGGAGUUAAGUAUAUUGCAAAAAGUAGUAUGCAGACUUCAAGACAGGAGAUGAUAUCUAGUCUGAGAGAUAUGGCAAAGGAAGCAAUCCAGUCAUAUAUCACAAAUAGGUCUAAUGUUGAAAGAAUUACAAAUGCAAGUGCCAAGCCUAAGCGUUUAAUCUUUUUCCGAGAUGGAGUAUCUGAAGGAGAAUUUGAGCAAGUUCUAAACAAAGAACUUCUACUUUUGAAAGCUGCAUGCCAAGAUGCAGGUGUGAAUCCCAAGAUUACAUUUAUCACAGUUAUCAAGAGACAUCAUAUUCGAUUUUUCUCUGAUGAUGCCAAAGAUAUUGAUCGUGAUAGUGGAAAUCUUAUUGCAGGAACUGUCAUUGAUCGAGAUAUCACCAGUCCAGUCCUCUUUAACUGGUAUUUGCAGAGUCAUGGUGGUCUGAAAGGCACUAGUCGAAGUGCCUAUUACACUGUUCUUCAUGAUGAAUCUAAUUUUAAUCCGGAUGCUCUUCAAUCACUCUCCUAUGUGUUAUGUUAUACAUUUGCAAGAGCUACAAAGUCUGUUAGUAUUCCUGCACCUGUCUACUAUGCACACAUAGUUUGUCGUGAAGCGAAACAGCAUUAUGAUCCUGCAGGUCCAGCAGUCUCUGAUGCUGGACCUUCUGGUUCAACUGAGUAUGAUUACAUCAUGGAACAUCAUAGAAGUGAAUAUAAGCCAAAAGUUCAUUCUAACCAGCAGAAUGUGAUGCAUUGGUUGUGAUCAAUAGGCAUCCACAUCAGACUAGCUUGCCAUUCCCAGCUCAUCCAAAUAUAUGUUGCAAAUUACUUGAGAUUUUUUCUUCUUCUGUUAUAUUUCAUUUUUCUGUACUUGACUAUAUUUCUCUUUCUACUGAUCAACCCCAAAUGUGAAUUGCUAGUGUCUGUAAUGUUCAGUUGUACAAAUAGUUUAUUUUUUUGUAGUCAGAAUAGCUUGCUUGUGAAAUAAAGUUAAUAUU